AUGAUGAUAGUGAACAGCUUCGAUCUAUGGCAAAAAGAUGUUUUCUUCUCCGCAGCUGAAGAAGUUCAAAAAUCUGCAGAUAUAAUGGAGUCUGCUUAUAGAUUGUGGAUUAGAGAGAAGAAAGAUGAGAUCUGUAAAGAACUUCAAGCAGCUUUAGGUACUGCAAAAUGGCAGUUGGAGGAGUUUGAGAAAGCAGUGAGAUUGAGCUAUAGACAGUGUAGGAAUGAUUCUACAUUAACACGGCAUAAACAGUUUGUUACCGCUAUCGAAAACCAGAUUUCUCGCGUAGAAGCUUCGCUGAAAGAGGUUUAUAGUGAGAAAGGAAAAGAACCUCUUCGUUGGGUUCAUCUUAACGAAGAAGAGCGUGAUGAUUUGGCAAUGUUUCUCUCGGGAUCUUCGCAGAGGAGCUUUAGUAGUGAGAGUAGUAGUAUCGAGUCGAAUGGAGGAGCGGAAGUUUCAGCUAAGGAAGUUAGAGGUUAUGGUAAUCGCUCUGAAUGUGUUAUAGAUGUUGAAGAGAGAGUGAAACCGGGAAAUGCGGAUGGUAGGAUACGACAAGCGGAGAAAACAUUCGGGACUAGAAGAACAUGGAGUUCACCAAAUUUUGAUUCUUUGAGGAUUAUAGUUCCUGGUGAUGAUGAUAAUGAAGUAGAACAAGAAGAAAAAGAGAAAUUGGUGGCACAAAUCGAAGCCACGCCUAAAGUGAAAGGAACAAAGACCGUGUUGUGGAUGCAGAGACUUCCUGAUCAUAACCAGCUCUUUGACAGGACCGGUUGCUUCCAGAAUCCGAUGAUACGCUUACCAUUUGCUCACCCAAUCAAGCUCACUGUUUCAUUAAUAUUAAUGGUGUUUCUUCUAUGUGAGUCACUUCACUUUGCUUAUACAGAUUUCGAUCUCGAGCAAGUUGCUAAAGAGUAUUUGAUUGUUUCCGUGUUUAAACCGAUGCAGUACCAUUCGUAG